GACUUGCUCAGACGUCACGCUGCAGACAAGUAACGUCAGUAGCCGCUGGAUUUCACGAGCGUGCUGAAGCAAAUACAUGUAACUUUAUAUUUACCUUAUUUUGGAUGUAGUGUCGCCGAGUUUCUCAGCCAAACUCAGAUUUGAUUAGUGCGUGAUUUUAAAAAUAUAUAUUUUAUAAUUCCUUGCCUAACGUUAAAUGGCAGAACUGGAGGGGCCAACCAAAACACAUGGAGUUGGAGUCUUCUUAGAGCUGAGAAAAAGACUGCAGAGUGGACUGCUUAUUGUCGGGAAAAACGUGGCCACCAGUCCCGCCGAUGUGGUGGUGACGGGCGGGGAGUCAUCGCUCCACAUCAAGACUCCCAAAGGCGAGCUGAGCCUGACUCUGCCAGCAGGAGUCACCUUCGAGCAGGGCUCCUGCACGCCGACACCGGCGGGAGACUUCUGCGAGGAGGAGCUGCAUUUCCGACUGCGCAUCGGCGUCACGCGAAGCCCAGACGAAGAGACGUCUGACAGCGCGAUGGAGACACUCCGGGCCAAAGAGACUUAUUGCUUCCACUGCCAGGGCUGCAUGACCAGGCUGCUGGAGGACAGAGAGUUUAAGCGCGUCCUUCCUCUUCCCAACUGCAACUGGAACGCCAUCGUGGACGACUGGUGCUGCCACCCUGAUCCGUUCGCCAACAGGAAGCUUCUGCCCCGGGCAGAGGACUGUUUGCUGGGCGACACCUUCCUCCUGCUAGCCAAAGAUGGCGGCUGUGCAGAGACCCUCACCGAGGAGGUGAGCCUGGUCGGCUCCAAGGACAGUCCGGAUUCCAAGAAGCCCUGCCGCCGACUGGCACUCAUCUCCUGCAAGAGCUGUUCGUUGGUGCUGGGAGAGGCUGUUGCACCGGAGACACUGAAACUGUACAUCACACAGGUGGUGGUGGAGCCCGCUGUGGGAGACAGACAGCCGGAAGCUUCACUUAACAGAUCGCUCUUCCUGGAGCAGACUGUCGCAGCCAGGCUGUUGGGGCUGUCCACCUCACUGAGCACCUUCCACUUCUCCAUCCAAACUCCUGAUGGAAAAGCCUUCUUAUUGGUCUGGCUACUGAACGGCGACUCGGUCACGGCGUCGGUUCCCGAGAGCUCUCUCGGCUGCCCGGAUCCUCCCGGAGCCGCCCGAGCCCUGAAGAUCCUCUACGCCUCCCCCUCCGAAGCAGGCGCCCAGCAGAGAGACAUUGUAACGAGUUGGGAGGCCAAUGCCAUAGGACAUCCAGUGGUGCUGCCACUGAGUGUGUGUGAGGAGCUGCUGCAAGUGAUUGAUGACAGCAACUCCACACUUCCUGCGUCCAUGUGCUGCAUGAGGUCCUAUGAGGUGGCGUAUCUCAGACUCUGAGGUCAAAAGGCCGAUGCCGGGAGGUCCAGACUCCACUCGUUCCUCUUGGAGAACACAUACUGUAUGCUUGUGUACGUUGAGGUCAUAUCCUGCACAGCUGUCUAGUAAGUAGGAGGCUGCUGCAGAAAUAAAACGAAGCAAGCCUGGAAUAGUUUUUUUCUUUCUUUAAAAAAAAAAAAAAAAAAAAAAAAAAAAAAAAUCCAAACAAGUUGUGUCUUCUAGUUGCCUCUCCACAUGUUUGGUGGUGUCGUCACCUGCAAACCAAUUCAUGUUGAAACAAGUUGCUGCAACGCAUUUAAAUGUUAAAAUAUAGUCCCUAAAUGUAGAACUGGAUGAGAUUCACGGGACAAUCAUUAUUGUUAUUCAUUGAAUAAAAAGUUUCUUGAUGGUACAUCCUAAUGUUGAUUUAUAUUGGCAUGUACCAUACUGGUUGGAGACCACGUAUGUGUACAUUGUAUGUUUUCCCAUUUCUAAGCUUUAUUUUCUCUUUUUCAUUCUCAACAAACAGAUUAAACUGUUGUAUUUUUUUGUAAGAUUCCCUUCUUCCUGUUUUUUUCUCUGCUGGAGAGCACUCCAGCUCAUAUGUGGGACAUUGUUCUUGAGGUGGCUCUCGGUGAAAGCUUAUUAUAGAGGCACUUCAGCCCCAGGGUGCAGCAGUCCAUCCUCCACUUGAGUGUAAUUGCAGCUUGUGAAGCUCGGUGAUUUUUGUCUCGUUGUGGCUUUAUUUGUGUGCCAAUGACUGAUGACUGAUAUUUAUGUAACAUGCGUGGUAACGAGAAUCAUUGGUCAAAGUGUAAUGGUUAAACACUCUUCACCUUCUAAUGUUCAUCGUGAUAUGGGCUGGUCAAGUAGCUCCUGCGUUAUGUCAAAGUACGUUUCACACAUAGUGGUGGGAAUCUGCCGACCUGGUCAGUCCAACACUGACCGAAGACUAAUGUAUUUAAACCACUAUUGAGUGCCCUGCCGUGCAUUUCUAUUCAGACAUGCAUGGUUCCCAGAAGAUGAAUCCUAUUGGCUUUGAUGAUCCACUGACUUUCCUGAUAGCGCCAUCAUGCAUUUCACAGUUUUAGUCUGUGAAAUGUAAAUUGGCACCAAAACAUCAGAUGGAUUGAUUAAGUCAUUUUUCACACAUUCGUGGUCCGUCAUUUUGUUUGUAUGUCUGGGCUUCCCUGAUUUAGAUGAUCCCCUUACUUUAUCUUGUUUAAAGAUUUCAACUAAAGCAGAGAAAUUUCUCAAUAUAGUAACAAUUAUGUAUUUUUGUAUUGCGUUAGUCUUUAAAUGUAAAUCAUGUUGUUUUUAUUCAUGUACACGUUUCUUCUUCUUUUUAAGGAUGUGUGACAUUUGAAAGCUUUGACUUUUCCUGCGAAUCAACAUGAGCCCAUUUGGACUUUGAUAAUAAGCCCAGCUUUGUGCCGAGCUGGGUCAGUUCAGUAAAGCAAAGAGAUCACAACUGGACCUUACGUUGGCGUCACCGCUACUCUGCGCAUAGUCAUCUCACUACCCAUUCUCCAUAGGUUAUAGCUGACCAGCAAUGCAGCAUCAUUUGUACCUCCAUGUCUGUUUUAGUAGCGACGGGGGCACCAUUUUUUCCCCCCCCGCUCCUAAAUACAUGCCUAAACCUGCUAAAUUCUGAUGCGGCAAAGGACAAUUACUUUAAGGAAUACAGAGACGUAUUGUGGCCGCUAAGGUGGAAAGGCAUAGAGUGAAUUGGCUAAUUAAAUACAUCCAGCGCUGAACCGCCAAGGGGUUCUCGUUUCUUUUCGGCCCUUUCUCCCCAAGUGCAAAUGAAGUAGGCCCCAAAUAACCCAUUCGUUUCAAGGCCGCUGAGCAGAAGGAGCUACUCCACAUUACGUGCUGCUGUUUUGAACACACCGAACGACUCAGUCACCCAGGAGCCAUAAAGAGUUUCAGACACUCUGUCUUUCUACCCUUGAAGGACAAUAGAAGCGUCAAAUUAAAAAGUUUUUUGCCCAGGAUCUUCUGUUGACGCUGUGCAGCUCAUUAGCCUUUUCGGUUAUCAUGAAAAGAUCUGUCUGAAUAAAGGUCUUCUCCAUAUUCAGCCUUAGUAAUGACUUGUUCAUGGCUAGAGAGUUUUGGCUCGCUGUCCUUAUUCAUGUGCACAGCAGAUUUGAGGGUAAGAGGGAAAGAAUAUCCAACUGUAAGCCACAGAUUUGCGCUGCUGCUUACUUUUCCCGUUGAGGUGACAUCCCACAUAAGGAGUGAUCAAGUCUACGUGCGCCACAGUAUGAAUUUCAAAUUGGGUUUUCCAGUCCUUUGCCUUUGCUAAUGUGUUUGAUAUUAUUUUCGGAUUAAGUGAGACAGUAGAAAGAAAGAAAGAUCCUUUUGGGGGAGGUCAAGCCACCAAGCUUGUCUUGUCUCCAAGAGGAAAUGAGGCAUCAGAUUGAGUUCCUGUCACCCGAUCCUAAUGGUUCAUCUAUCCUCAGAAUCCUGGAGUUGUUUCUGCAUAACAGAGAUACUAGUCUUUUUGUUCUCCUCUUUUUAGGUGUCACUAUUAGGGUGGAAAGUCAAGACAAAAGCAUUAAAAGUUUUGCUUUUGCGCUUGAAAAGCUAAAUACCUCCAAAGGAGACUCGGGUUUUACAGCCCUGCGGUUGAUUGAUUUAAACGCCGUCUCAGCCGAUAUUGGCUGGGAUUAACUCCAGUGAUUCACAUUCUAUGAGAUCAAAAUUAGAGGAUUUUUGUUAUGCAAAGAUACAAAAUAUCACAACAAUGUGUAACUUGUGAUACAUAUUGGGCCACAUAUUGAAGAAGCAGAUGUUUUAAUUAAUGUCUGUAUAUUGUCAACAACUUAGUGUCAAAUUAAAUAAAAAAGUUAAAUUGA